UCUUCRUCAGGGAGCAAUUUGACAAUUCUUUAUUAUGGAAUCAGGCUGUUUUGAGGAUCAUGAGAGUUAAAAAUGUUGUAGUUAGUGCACCUGGUAAAGUUAUUCUUCACGGAGAGCACGCAGUUGUUUACGGAAAGCCUGCAAUAUCAGCAAGUAUAGGUUUGAGAACAACUGUGUCACUAAGCCCAUCUCAAACGUACAUCACCCUGCAUCUUAAAAACCUGAACAAAGAGAUCAAAUGGAAAACAGAAGAACUUCAAAGAUUGCUACCAAUUGUAAAUCAUGAYCAAAAAUGCCUCACCCCUCUCCCUGUCAGUAGCAGUUGUCUGGAAGGCAUUGAUCGUUUGCUUACCAAUGAAGAURGUGAUAGUGUGGUUGAUGCAGUAAGAGUGUUUUUAUUCUAUGUUGCCAAUGUUCUUCAUGAUAACCAUAGAAUUCUUCCUGUAGAAGUAUCAGUAUCAUCUAAUCUUCCUAUUGGCGCAGGACUYGGAUCAUCAGCAUCAUAUAGCAUUAGUCUUAUUGCAGCCAUGUUAACUGCACAAGGAUUUAUUACUCCAUUAUCACUAGAUGUAGUGCCAAGCAGUGAGAAAAGACCUCGUUAUAGCAUGACAAAUCACUACCAAGAUGGUAAUAAAAGCCAGUUUUCUUCAGAAACUUUAGAUGUUAUCUGUGCAUGGGCUUUUGAGGGKGAGAAACUAAUGCAUGGAAAACCAUCGGGUAUUGAUAACAGCAUUGGUACCUAUGGUGGAGCAAUUCAGUUUUUGAAUGGAAMAAUUACACAUUUAGAAAGUUUUCCAAGUCUUAGCAUUUUGUUAAUUGAUACAAGAAUCCCACGAAGCACCAAGAGCAUGGUAUCAGGCCUGGCAGAAAGAUAUAGAGUGUAUCCAACAAUCUACGGUCCACUAUUUGACGCGAUGAGUGGCGUUACAAGUGAAGCCUUAAAAAUAUUGGCGUCGAUAAAUGAUGCAACAGGGACCUCUUCUGUCAAAGAAUCGUGUUUUUCAAAGCUYGAGGUUUGUUAUUAA